AGCAACAGGCGCAAAGUUGAGGCGAGGGCCCGCCCACCCUUGGCCCCGCCCUCGGCCCAGCCUCCUGCGGGCGUCGGGGGCGGGGCCGCGCGGUUGCCGUAGCGACACGCUGUGUUUGCGCGCUGCCGGGCAGUGCCCGAGCGCAGCCAUGGCCAGCCAGCAGCCGGGGAAGCCCGGAGAUACCGGGUGCGUCUCGAAGUCGCCGCCCGAAGGGCCGCUGCAGGUGAAAGUGGUGGGGCUGUUCAAAAGCUCCAGCUUUCAGAUUGCGAAAAGCGCUGCUGAGAGUCUGAAGAAUAAUUACCCAGCCAAAUUUGAAGAUCCUAUAAUAGUUCCGCUUCAAGAAUUUGCUUGGGAUCAGUAUCUACACGAGAAAAAACGGGAACUCAAGGGUAAAACCUGGGAAUAUUCUGCCUUAGUGAUGUGUUUUAUUAACGACCAGCUCCUGGGCGGUGCGUGUGAUCUGCAGAAAUGGGCCCAGAAGAUGUGGGACAUCGUUGAUGUUAAGCCGCCUGCACUUUACGAUGCACUGACUCUGGAUUAUUCCACUCAAUUCUUAAGAGAUACCAAGCAUGAUUUUGUGUUCUUGGACAUUGCUAUUGAUUCUGUUCCAAUUGGAAGACUGGUUUUUGAGCUAUACUCUGAUGUAUGUCCCAAAACAUGUGAAAACUUUCAGCUCUUGUGCACAGGAAAAGCAGGGUUUUCUCAAAGAGGUGUAAGGCUACAUUACAAAGAUUCAAUUUUCCAUCAAAUAGUACCAAAUGGUUGGAUACAAGGAGGAGAUAUAGUUGCGGGAAGAGGAAACGACGGAGAGUCGAUUUACGGACCCGUGUUUGAAGACGAAAACUUUUCAAUCCCUCAUGAUAAAAGGGGCGUUCUUGGAAUGGUCAACAAAGGCCGUCACAGCAAUGGGUCGCAGUUCUACAUCACACUGCAAGCAACCCCCUACCUGGACAGAAAAUAUGUGGCUUUUGGGCAACUGAUCGAAGGAACGGAAGUUCUUAAACAACUAGAAUUGGUUCCAACACAGAAUGAAAGACCGAUAUACCUGUGUACCAUUAUGGACAGUGGAGAUCUUUAUACCUGAUCCCACCCACCCCUGUUUUCUAGGGUAACCUGCUACUCUGUAUCUAAUCAACUGUUUCUAGAUCUAAUUAAACAGCACUUGAUAGAAUU